GGGGUUUCCUGGAGAAGUGAACCGUACGGCGUCAUGGCGGAGGCCGGUUGUCGGAAGAGCCUGGACUGAAAUGCCAGCUUUCUGCAAUCACAGCUGACCGUGGAGCACUUAACUUUGCUUUCACAUCAAACGGAAAAGGGGACUUGUUAAUUCUUUUAAGUGGGAGAGGAAGACCAGCACUCUUCAGAGUUCUCCUGAACUGAAUAGUCCGGGGCUGCUCUCCCUGACUGGGGGGGAUAGCUAGCUGGCUAGCGUACGGUAGCGUUGGCUAUCAGCGGCUGCUAGCCCUGUGGUGAAAUAAAAGAAGAAAGAAGCCCCGGGGACGUGGAUUGAGACAUUAUUUUCACUGGAAUUGACCAGGUAAAAUAAACGACGAAGUUACUUAUUCGGUAGUUCGGCUGGAAAGGAAGCUAACGCGGCGUGUUGAUGCGGUAAAAGCCGCGAGAAGUGAGCGGCGAAUGAAAACAAGAUGGAAGAGGGUGAAGUUAGGUUAGCUCAUUUGUGUUUGUGGCUUUAGUAAUGAAUAAUAAACACGUUAGCCCUCCUUGUGUGGUCCACUGCCUAUAUAGAUAUUUGCAUUGUAAAAUACUAUCUCCGUCUUAACGCUAAGUAUGAGCUAAAGCGGGAGAGCUAAUGGUGUAGCUGCGCAGAGCUAACAGAAAGUAGCGUAAAGUUUUGUCAUUUUGUUAGCGCUCGUGCUAGCCUCGUGCUUCAGAGCGUGAGCUAACCCAGCUCUCUCCCUGACAACCCGGACCAUCACUUCAUGUUUGUUCAGCCCACGUUACUAUUCAGUCACUUAGAGCAACUCCAUGUCCCAACUGACACAUAUCGGUACCGAAAAUACGUUGUAGUCAUUUCGAAAAUGCAUCCGUUUUUGUUUUUUAAGUACUGUAAUUUUCAAACAGAAUAGCAAAAUACUAGCAUAACACAUACGAGCUAGCAAACAGUUAAAUGCUAUUACGUUUCGUAAGAGAGGAGUAUUUAAACGGCUGGCAAAAAGAGUGCUGCCGGUACUGAUGUAGAAAUGAAUAUGAGGGAGUUUUGGUUUACGAAACACCGUCUGGCGGGUUGGAUGUGGCUGAAUACAUUACAGCUAACGUACCCCGCCAACUGCUAAUGUUGGCGUCAUUAGCCGGUGUUCUGUCGAAAAGUAUUGCCCAACGAAACGCAGACGUGCGCAUGCGUACAUUCGGGGUCCCGAGUUCUUGACACUUCGACCACAAAUGAAUGCUCCUGUCUAUCCAGAACGUGUCUCCUAUUAUCUCACAUCUAGGUUUUCCCAAAGAAAGUUUCGAAAUGUGCACAAAUUGGACUAUAGAUCAAACGGAGCAAGUGGUGCCCCUUAAACUGUCUACACAUUAGAGAAGCAAUUGAUAGUAAGUCUACUAGUAUAACAAUACGCUUCUUCUGAAAACCUACUCAAGGAUGUCGUACUAUGAUGUCUUCUAAUGUCACCAAACUCUUUGUGUAAAUUAAGAAUGUAGCUGUAUAUUAGUAAGUGAUUAUAACUUGGCAGGGUUCCUAAACAGGGGCUAUUGAUCGGGUCGGCUCUCGGUUGCAUUUUUCGACGGAACACCGGGGUUAGCUACUUAGCUACAAGCUAAAUUUUAGCCCCAACGAAGCUAAAAUGACACCAAGUUUGAGUGGAGAGCGAUGACUACAGUCAGUUUUGGGCCCUUACCGAGGCUAAGUAAGCUCUUAUUUUUGUACCACCAGCAGAGAUUUAGAGAAAUAAGAAAAAACACGACGUGAUCCACAGGCCUGUUAGGCCUCUGAACUGAGGGAACAAAUACAGCCGAAGUUAUUGAGAGCCUAAGCCAUCCACACUGACUCAGUCUGUGCUCCGGUGUUUUACCUGGGGAAUCAGUCAAAUGUUUGUAUGUUUGUUAAUGUGCAGACAUCUGUUCUUUUGAGAGAAAAUUUACCAUAAGUAUUGACAACAAUGCGGCACCAAAUUUACAAACAUACCCCAGAGGUGAGAAAGAAACAAAAAUACAGAUAGUAAGAAAUUAAGUGAAACUCAUAAUAAUGUAAUCAGUUGUGUGAAAAAUGGUGAUCUUUACAUUUAUGAGUAAUAUUAAAGCUUUGAGGGAUAUAUAUUUACUUUUUCCUACAUAUCUUUUGGGGAAAAAAUCAAAGAGAUUUUGUGUUGCAAACUAUCCCUAUUAAAUAUGAAACUCGCAGUGUAAAAUAAAGACAUUAACAGGGAUGUUUUAACGGUCCAACAUGCGUAUUUUACGACAGCUAAGGUAAAUGAUCUGGUGUGGUAAAAUAAGGGAGACUGGGAUUGGGACAUCCAUACUCUGGAAUACAUACUCCACACUUUACCACCAAACAUUUUGGAUCACUUUUAACUACGGGUGGAUUGUGUGUCAAACAGUGACGAAUGUCUUUGUUAGAGGUGAGCCCUCACCUUUCACAAUGAGGUGAAAGAUAAAGUGCUAAAAAAUAAUGAUAUCAAGAAAAAAACUGCCCUGUGAGUGCUUUGAAAGUUGCUAGAUAGUGUUGACAUCUGAAUACAUAACACAUUUCUCAUGUUGUGAGUAUGUUUUAAUAAAUAUUGCUUGAAGAUGAUGGGAAAGAGCCAAAACAACUUGGGUUUAUCUGUAAUACGCAGUGUCUCCUGCUGUACCCCUCCUUUUUGAAGUAACUCUUGGAGCUUCUUUUUAGUUUUUAUUUUGAUUUGUUUUUAUCUGGUCAAACUAACCUUUGAUACUGUAAUUGUUUAAUUAAUAUUUUUUAAAUUGUCUCCACUUGCAGGUUAGCCACGUUGACGAUAAAACAGCAGGUUUGUCCGGGGGAAGUCUGUAUUUGUGGACUUCAACAUGGCAGGACGCAGUGAGGAUGAAAGUGUGAGCAACAGCAGUGGUGAAUCAAGGUAAGUCACCUGGUCAUUGCUUGAAAAAAAAGACAUGGAGCAGUUUCAUAAUCUGUUGAAACUUCUGGGGGUCAUUUGCAGAGAUACUUACAAAAAAUAAAUCAGUUAUUGUUCGUAGAUGCUUAACUUGAUGCAGUACGGUGAAGCAGAAAACUCUGGCACUUUCUGACAGUGACAUAAGUGUCAGGGACAGAGCAAUCUCAAGCUUUUUGAUAUUAAAAUUUGGGAUUUUCAAAGACAUACAACAGACAUACUGUUUAUUACAACAAAAAUCAUUUCUGAUAGGCUAAACCAUUGAAAUGUAAGCUGAUGUUAGAUUGUGUUGUGAUAAAGCCUGCGCAUACAUACAGUGUUAUCCCCUUUCUUUAAGGGUAUUUCUACACAAAGCUUUCUCAAUGAAUUGAACUAUGGUGUUGCACUUUGUUGAAGGACAUGUUGAUCUUCUUUGUACAGGGGGUAAAGUAGUACACACACAUUUUAAAUGAGUAAAUGGUAUAUUUCUGGAUUUCUAAUCAACUAAUGUGUUUUUUGUGUGUGUGUAUGUGUAUUUGUUUUCUCCUUGAACUUAACAGUAAUUCUGACGAUGAAUCCGGUUCUGGAUCGGGGUCAGGGUCAGGGUCCGGCUCAGGCUCCAGUUCCAGCUCCUCCAGCAGCAGCAGCCAAUCAGGGAGCAGUGACUCAGGUAGUGGCUCAGACUCCGGCAGCCAGUCAGACUCUGACAAUGAGAAAUCCAAGGAGAAGAUCGAACCGCCAAAUAAGUCAAAUAUCGACGGAGCAGAGGUGAGAACAUGAUCAUUUUGGUUAGGGGUGCACAAUAUAUCAAAGCUGUAUCUUUAUUGCAAUUAGAGCAUUUGCAAUAAAAACUAUUGCAAUAAAUGAGAAAAAUCAAGACUUUCUCAUUAAGCGUGCUGCUUCCUGUUUUCUUUGGCGAUGUGGUCACUGAUCGACACAUUUUCUGAGCUGUAAAUCAAGCAGAUCUGGAAAAUCAUGACAUACCUUACCAAGAACUCAGAUGUUUUGACCUUUUACCCAGUUUGACACAUUUGCAGAGUCCUGCUGGUGGCACAAAGUCUCUUUGGGUGUUAAAACUGCGUGAUCAACUCUUUGUCAUGUGAAAGCUUAUUAAACAUGUUCACAGAUUUUUGGGCUAAUCUUCCGCUGUGCUCAUUCUUUGCAGUUCUGGAAGUCCAACCCAAGUAUCCUCGCAGUGCAAAGAUCUGCUAUGCUCAGGAAACAGCAGCUUCAGCAGCAGCAACAGCAGCAGCAGCAGAGACAAAGCUCCUCCAACAGUGGAUCAGAUGAUGUUCGUUUCUGUCUGAUUUCAGAACAACCUUCUCCGGAGAGUAAUGCAAAUUCCUUCUCAGCAUUUUCUCUUUUGUUAUCUUUUCCAGGACUCAUCGAGCAGCGAUGAAUCAGACUCAUCGAGCGGAUCCAAAAGGAGAAGGAAUUCAGGUUCCUCUGACUCUGGAUCGGGUUCUGGAUCUGGGAGUGGGUCCGGAUCAGACUCAUCAGCAGAGGAAAACAGUGACGAGACAGCCUCAGACUAUGAGCCCAGUCACAAAAUCAAAAGCAAAAAACCUCCGACUAAGUAAGUGAACCAAAGAGUCUUUUCCUGCCAUCUCUAAUGAUUGAUUUUAUGAUAGUGCAGCAGCUGAUGUAGCUUUAAAAUUUCUCUCAAGAAAAUGUGUGUUUCCAAGAGUUUCUUUUAAAUGAAUUGUAAGUCUUUUAAACUGUUAAUCAUGUACUAUUUGCUUUUUGUGAUUUAUGUAUCCAUUAAUUUUCACACAGUCUGUGUUAAUAUUAACACAGAAAUGAAGUGAAAGUGACCUCAUAAGACAAAUUACUUUUUCAGCUUUAAUUGGAGCGUUUCCCAGCCGAUAUGUAAUCUGUUAUGUAGGAGAACAAGCUUUAAAAUAUUGCAGUGUGCAUUGCUACUUAAAAAGGUUGCAGAUUAAGGCAUAUUAAGUUGCAACUAGCUGGUUGAACAAUGCAGCUUGCAUCUUGGCUUUUUGCUGCAGGAAGGGACUUCAGGGUCUAACCCCACGCAUGCAUAAAUUCUUAACCUUUUUUUUUUUGGUUGUUUCAGGAUGAAUUUCCGAAAUGGAAAGAAAAGCAGUAAUCAAAAGAAGAAAACCCAGAAGUGCUCUUCCUCGGAUGAUGAGGAGGAGAACUACAAGAAGGUGGCAUCUGCGGGGCCACGGCGGCAGGCCACUGUCAAUGUCAGCUACAAGGAGGAUGAGGAGCUGAAGACGGACUCAGAUGACCUGGUGGAAGUUUUGGGUGAAGACGUACCGCAGCCUGAGGAGGACGAGUUUGAAACACUGGAGAGAGUGAUGGACAGCAGGAUAGGACGGAAAAAAGGUGAGGAUGCUGAGAUUCAACCUGUCACAAAUCAAACUGCUCAUGUAAAGACGAGUUCACCUGAGUGUGGAUUGUUUAACUCAAUGUUUCUCUUAUUUUCUCCAAACAGCAACCGGAAGUAUAACUACUGUAUACGCUGUAGAGGCAGAUGGUGACCCAAACACCAACUUUGACCCCAGUAAAGAGGCCGGUGAUGUCCAGUAUUUAAUUAAGUGGAAGAAUUGGGCUCAUAUUCACAACACCUGGGAGACAGAGGAGACGCUCAAGUUACAGAAUGUGAAGGGCAUGAAGAAACUGGAUAAUUUCAAGAAGAAGGACCAGGAGAAAAAGAAAUGGUGAGUGAUUGGUUAUCAAAAUACUUGAGUUUUCUGACUGUUUGGAAACUUCUUAGAGUUUUAGGGACACAGAAAAAACUGACAACAAAGCAGCCGGAAAGAUGAUGUAGACAAAUAUAUUUGUGUCGGGAUAUCUUGAAACAUCUGUGGACAGCUGUCCUCACCCACACUGUAGUCUUGAAGAAAUUUUUCCAUUUACAUAAAAAUUACAUCAUAAAAAUUCUGUGAUGAUACUGGCUUUGCAAUGUCUGAUAAAUCCUGCCAUGUCUGUUAUUUAUAGCCCUGCAAUAUCCUGUAGUGUUCUACAGCCUGAGCUUUAUGGCGUGCCUUGCCUUCUAUAUGUUGUAUCAAGUAUAUUAAUAACUAUGCACAUGGUGCAGCCGAAUUCCAACACAAAGCUGCACCACGAGACCUUCUCUGUGCCAGCAAACAGUGACACUUUUUUGGAGGGCAGGGAUUAGCUGAAGGCAGAAUAAUCCUCGACAUGUUAACCAGAAUCAGCCAGCAAGUUGUUCUUGGCUUCUUUUCAAGUCUCUCUGAGUAUGUGUCACUUAGGAAUGCAGGAUAGUAUAGGUAAAGUAUCAGUGGCAGCAGGACAUACAUGUAAAGUUAAUUAUUGGUCUCGGCAGAUAUAAACAUUUCGAACUAUAUAAUUACCAGUUAAACAAGUGAUACAAAAUCUGCUCCUCAUGACAGCUUACGCAUGCCAUCGUGUAUGGCAUAAAUACAUUACAUACAUGACUGCAUGUAAGAAUUUUGAGAUGUCGUAACCAAACCGCAGACGCAUUACCAACUGUCUUUAAAUGUAGAGAAUGCAUUGAUCAUUUAUAGUACAGUCAGAUAUGUCUGUUCCUCGAACAAGUGGAUUUCCACAGCAAGAGUGACUGCUUAUUUCUGUUAGAGACUUGGUGUUCUUACAAUGGUGUGCAGAUAUUAGGGCUUUCAAAAAAAUCAGCUAUGAGCAAAUAGCAAACAUCUUCAGUGGUGCCUCCGCCUCACGUGCGUGGCAAGCCGUCAGGUGAGCCUGCAAAUAUGUUGUUACUGAUAUCAGACAGCUUCUUUGUACAAAGUAAACAUACAGCCCAGUCUCUGUCUUUUAUUUUUCCUUCUAGGGUGUAGAUCCCAGAAUACUUCCACACAGCACUUCUCAGAUGUUUCAGUGUUGGCUUGUCCACUCAGUGAAGCUUUACUUGACCAUGUCUUCCAUUCUUGUAGAAUAACGUCACUGUAUUAGUUUACUGAGGUCAAGCAUGCAUAGAUUGGCUGGGUUACCGUGACAGUGCCCUCAGCAACUUCAAGUGACCUGAUGCGCUGGUAUACUGUAUUAUUAUGAAUUCAAAUUUCUGAUAAUGAACUUUUACGCCAAAGUACUUAAGGUUCAAACUUUGAAUAUAAAGUGACAGCCUGAGCAUGUAUUGGUAUCAGUUUCAGCUAAUCUGAGUUUGAAAAUAUCAAUGUAUCAUAUUUUGGCAAGAAGUCGAUAUUUUCCAACCCCAACGUGACAGACUGAGGCAGACUGGUUAACUAGUACACUACCGCUUUGCACGGGAAUGAUUGACAGGACUGCCAAAAGUGGAAUUGAGAAAUUUACUCUAGCCUCAUGAAAAACCCAAGCAUAUAUAGUAUAGAGACAAACUGAGAGCAUAUAAGUUUUUCUUUUUUAUGUCUUUGAAUUUGCGGUCGAUUAGUGUGGUAGUCAUACAAAGGAGAAUGGCGAAUAAAAAGCUCUCAUCAUUUAAAAAAAAAGAAACAACCUUUAUCCAGCCAAAUUAUAUAAUAGUUUUGAUACUUCAUGACCUUAUGUGGGACUGAACAACACAGUAAGACGACAUCUCAAGAAUACCUUAUCACCUUUUACCCUGCAGUGGUGAUUGUUUUCCUCCAGUUUUGCUUUUUUCUGCCAACAACUAAUAUCACAACAUCACUGGCUAGAAGUCCUGCAGAUAUCACAAUGUCCACAUGUAUUGACAGAUAAACUCACACACAAUUAAAGACAGUGAUGAGAGGCAUAUAAGGGUCUAUAUAAAUGAUCAGCAGAGGGUAAUGGCAGAGUCUACAGUCAGUUGGUCUGUUAGUACUGAAACAACUAAAAACACCACUGUAGACUGAGCUGAGUUAGACAUAGAUAGCUUGUAGGGUGGCAAUGACAGACAAUGUUAGAUGCAGCUACUCAGCUGAAGCUGAAACUGCGUGUUUUUGAACACGAUGUAAGUCCUGGUGGAGGUACAGAGUUUAAAUGUAUUUCAUAUAUGACUGAAUCUCAUAAUCAGGUGCAGCGUACAGUCCAGAUUUCACAUUAGUUUAGCAGGAUCAUUAUGUUUUCGUAGAGAUGUUAUCAUAACAUUUAUGAAGGAUUUUUAAUAGUCUACUUUCUGAUAUUUAAGUUACAUUUGAAAUUUCCCCAACAACUCUUUAAAAAUGUUGGGUUUUCAUGCAUCAGGCAAGUGUUUCAGGAGUGUUUCUUACUUUCUAAAAUUUUCCUUCCCCAGGUUAAAGGCAGCUUCACCGGAGGAUAUUGAGUAUUUCAACUGUCAGGAAGAACUGAUGGACGACCUGCACUCUCAGUACCAGCUUGUAGAGAGAAUAAUUGGUGAGUUUUGAUGCUGCAUUAAAGCAUUAAAUACAGUAUAGGCAGUAUGAAGAGUUUGUGUGACUGAACGCUUCUCUCUGAUUUCUCUUUGAACAGGACAUUCAAACCAGAAGUCAGUGGCUGGUUACCCAGAUUACCUGUGUAAGUGGCAGGGCUUACCCUAUUCAGAGUGCAGCUGGGAGGACGGAGCUCUGAUUGCCAAAAAGUUCCAGAAAUGCAUCGACGACUACAUGUGCAGAAAUCAGUCUAAGACCAUUCCAUUCAGAGACUGCAAGGUAAAUAAAGCCAGGGUUCAAACUGUCAGCAGAUAGUCAGUGUUCAUGGCUGAAUGGUGAGAUAUCUGCUUCCAGUUUGAUUCUGAGAUCGACCACAGAGUUUUAAAUCACAGUUCUGAAAGAGAAUUGUCCUGAUUCAGUGCCGUGGUGGUUUUUUAAAUGUAUGUAGCAAAAACCAGUGAAACCAAAAGUUAGAGUUUUACAAAAAAAAGUUUAACUAUAAGUAGCAAAACAAACAAUCAACAUUUUGAUCAAAAAUGGAUCAGAUUCUUGAAACGUAAGCAAAAGGUUUUAGCCCUUAAAGGUGUUGAUUACCGUCUGGUGACUAAUUGCAGGACCUCAAGACUUUGACAGAUCAGCUGUUGGCCACUUAAAGUCACGUGUCUGCCAUGACUUCACUCACUGCAGUGCAGGAAGGAGUGGUGUUGAUGUUGGGGUGCUCUGCAUUUUAACUGAAUAUUGCACUCAAGGUGUAUUUGGAGGCCGUCAAACCGAAACUAACAUAACAGAGUUAGCCUGUUUGAACACAAAUGUGCCUCGGUCAAAUGAGGUGAGUCACCUCUAGGGCACUCACAAUCAGAGGUAUGUAGAGAAACCAGUCAAGACAAGUCCAGUAAGCUGUAUAUGUAUAACACAAUUUUGAAAUUAUCAAUGCUGAUCAGAGCGCUUUGCACAAGAAACGGUAGCAACAAUUAACGACACAUCAGACUUUUUGAGCAAUUAAACAAGUACAGGUAAUGAUGAGGGGAAGGCUGGAAGAAGCAGUAGAUCGUCAAGAAUGAUUUAAAACAUUUAAUCAAUAGUUUGGUUUAAAAGCUUUUAAUGACAGAAUAUCUUCCUGUUCUUGUACUUCUGUGUCUCUUUUGUACAAACCAAAUGUUAUUUCAAUGAAGUGAACUUUCACCCUGCAGCCGACCUGUCUCCCUCUCUCACUCCGUAACAAAACUCAGUCAUCCAACCAACAAACCUGCAACCCGCUGAGGGGUUGAACGCAUCCCUCAUGAGCUCCCGUUUCUUUCUUGUAGGUGCUGAAGCAGAGACCGAGGUUUGUACCCAUGAAGAAGCAGCCAUCUUACAUCGGAGGAGACGGACUGGAGCUCCGAGACUAUCAGCUGGACAGUUUAAACUGGAUGGCUCACUCCUGGUGCAAGUAAGAGCCCGGCAGUCCUAAAAUCUUCCCCUCUCAUCUUCUACAAGUCCUGACACCUUAUAAUCAAAUGCAUUACAUCUGUUGGUGACAAUCUAACCCACCUCUCCUCCCACAGAGGUAACAGUUGCAUCCUCGCUGAUGAGAUGGGUUUGGGAAAGACCAUCCAGACCAUCUGCUUCCUGAAUUACAUGUUCAAUGAUCACCAGCUGUAUGGACCCUUCCUGCUGGUUGUACCUCUGUCCACACUCACCUCUUGGCAAAGAGAGAUCCAGCUGUGGGCCCCUCAGAUGAACGUUGUCGUUUAUCUUGGAGACAUCAGCAGCAGGAACAUGGUACAGUGGCUUAGAUGCAGGUUUUACACCAAAAAGAAAAUGCAUUUCUACUUUAUGUUAAAGUCACGUCUGUAAUCAAAAGAUGUGCCGGAUGGAUACAAGUGUAAAGAACUUCAUUUGUUUGUGUUGACCUUUUAAAUUUUGUGUUUCCUGUCAACAGAUCAGGACAUAUGAGUGGAUGCACGCCCAUAACAAGAGACUGAAAUUUAACAUUCUCCUCACAACAUAUGAGAUCCUCCUGAAAGACAAGGUCAGUAGCUGCUUCACUUCAUUAUGGAUAAAUAUGUGCAACAAAUCUGAAGUGGUGAAAAUGCUGUAAUUUUAGUUGAUGAAAAAGCAUUAAUGAAUUUUCAUCUGCAGUCGUUUCUAGGAAAUGUUAGCUGGGCUUUCAUUGGUGUGGACGAGGCGCACAGGCUAAAGAACGACGACUCCCUCCUCUACAAGACCAUGAUCGACUUCAAGUCCAACCACAGGCUGCUGAUCACAGGAACGCCUCUGCAGAACUCUCUGAAAGAGCUCUGGUCCCUGCUGCACUUCAUCAUGCCUGAAAAGUAGGUCAUCAACUGGUACAUAUAAAGACUGACUUCUGCAGAGAUGUAGAAGUCCUCUCUGGUGUACUCAUUUCUGUGAUCAUUCAAAUAAAGUUACGUAUAAGUUGCGGGAAAAGCUGUCAGCUGAUAAAGAUUACAAUAGGAGAUACAUAGGAGGAAACCAGAUUAUCAUUGUAUAAUGAUGCAGAAAAAUCACUGUUUCAGGACAUCUGAAGGCUGAAAUCUGAUGAUAUUAUGAUCAUAUAUCUGUAUUAAAGCUGUCUCACCGGUAUAAAUAAUAACUGUCUUUCUGAAAAAUGAAAUGUAUAUUCAGCAUCCCGCUGUGAGAUGAUUUAACACUUUUAAAAGCUGACAUUCAAAGAUUUAUCAUGAAUUCAAAAACAGCAAUACACUUUCUGUCUCUGAGCCAUUAAUCAAAGAUUUAUACCGUUAACAGAUCUUCUAAUUUUAUUUAGAUCUGAAACUUAGAAUCUGCAGGAAGUAUCUUAUAAUUUAAGAUUGAAAGGUUGUUUUACCACGCUGGGAAUCAGGCAAAGUAACGACAAGACAGGGGAGAAAAUAUCAAAACAAAAGCAGGACAUACAGUUGUUUUUUAGGAAAUGUCCUCUGCAAAAAAAUUUCAGUCAAAUGUGGUUAAAUUAUAAAUUUGAACAUUAACAGAGGCAGAUGAUGACAUAUAGGGUUACUGUAUUUAUUAGAAAACUUUAUGAAGUCAUGUUGCUCCACUAAUGUCUUGAUCGUUUGUGAUCUUUUAAUUUUAAGUUUUAGGUGUGUCACAGAAAUUAAUCACAUGCUGCAUCAUGAUUUUGUUAUUAAUAAAUCUUUUACCAUUUUUGUUCGUGCACAAAAUCUAACGAAGUAUUUCAGUCAUACAAAACUGCUUAUUUACUGUGAAAGGACAACAAAAUCUGCAUUGCCAAUAUAACUGGAACUAUUUAAAAUAUAACUUAAUCUCAUGUGAAGUGAUUUGAAGGAGAUGAAUAUUAUCUGCUUAAUGUCAUUGAAUAUAUAUAUAAUGUUGUCUUUUUGACUUACUUUGACGUGCUUGACUUACUGAAGCUUACAUGACAAACACGCCUUUCUCAGAGAAAAUGUUGAGUCUUACUUGUAUUUUACUACAGAUCUCUUCAUCCCUGCUGACGUGUGUCCCUUUUUUAAGGUUUCACUCCUGGGAGAUAUUUGAGGAGGAGCACGGUAAAGGCAGAGACUCGGGCUACACCAGUCUGCACAAGGAGCUGGAACCUUUUCUGUUGCGCCGAGUGAAAAAAGACGUGGAGAAAUCACUUCCUGCCAAAGUGGAGCAGAUCCUCCGAGUAGAGAUGAGCGCUAUCCAGAAACAGUAUUACAAGUAAGACUGUUACGCCACCUUAAAUUGAAGAUAACUUUAAGACAUUUGUGGCCUUAUCAUCAUAGAACUCAAAAAUGUAUCCCCUAAAGCUUGAAAUACUGUUAAAACCAUCAAUAAUUUACCUUUUUUUUCACCUGAAAGUGGUCCUUUAAAACUCGCCUGUUUAAGAGUGUCCUGACAGUACUGUUCACCUGUGUUUGUUCAGAUGGAUCCUGACCAGAAACUACAAAGCUCUGAGUAAAGGUACUAAAGGCAGCACAUCAGGCUUUCUGAACAUCAUGAUGGAGCUGAAGAAAUGCUGUAACCACUGUUACCUGAUCAAGCCUCCAGAGGACAACGAGUUCCUCAACAGAGCCGAAGCCUUACAAGUGAGUUAAUUUUUGUGAGGUGUUCAAGGGCAGUUGGGUAAAAAGAGAAUUCGGCUAAAGUAGAUGGUACAUUAUCAUGAUGUGUUCGAAUGUCACAUCAAGAAAAAGACUAAAUGAAUUUGGUGAAAAAUCUAUAAAAAUACUAUUUUACUAUUUGUCCUUGUGAAGGCAGCUAUUGAGUCAUUAUUUCUGACAGUUUCUAUCUGUUUUCUCCAACAGCAACUGAUCCGCAGCAGCGGGAAGCUGGUUCUGUUAGACAAACUGUUGGUGCGUUUAAAGGAGCGAGGACACCGAGUGUUAAUCUUCUCCCAGAUGGUACGAAUGCUGGAUAUCCUGGCUGAUUACCUGAGGAGUCGGCAGUUCCUCUUUCAGGUACGUACUCACUUCACUCGUGGUCAUCAGGCAUUCUGUAUGAAAGCUAACUCAGACGUGCUGUUAAUAGAAAACGGUCCGUAUGAAUGUUGUAAAACUGAUUUUAAAUGUUGUGAAUUUCUCCAGAGAUUAGACGGCUCCAUCAAAGGAGAGAUGAGGAAGCAGGCGUUGGAUCAUUUCAAUGCAGAGGGCUCAGAGGUGAGUUAAACGCCCUGACUUCUCUGAAUGCAGCUUCAUUUGGAUAAACAAAGACAUGUACUGGAGUCUUCUUUUAUGCUCUUAGGAUUUCUGCUUCCUGUUAUCGACUCGUGCUGGUGGUCUGGGAAUCAACCUGGCCUCGGCUGACACGGUCGUCAUCUUUGACUCAGACUGGAACCCUCAGAACGACCUGCAGGCUCAGGCCAGAGCGCACAGGAUCGGACAGAAGAGACAGGUGAGAAACCUUUAUCUUAAGACCAGUGAUCUAGUUCUUUGUUGGAUGAAAACCUCGUCUUUCAUGUUUUGAAAGCAGCAUUUAAAGCUUUUUCAUCAACUCAUAUAAAUGAAAUGGAAGCAAAACAAGCAGAAAACUUUUAUUUAUAUGGAGGCCUUUUUUUUCAGAAAGCUAUUCUAUAGCAUUACUUUUUUAUGCUCAAACAUGUUUGAGGCGUUUUACUGCCACUGCGGAUGCAAAUUUUUUCUACCUGGUGCCACAAGAUCGCACAAGGGGCAAGUUAGACAAGAUUUCUUUUGAAGGCGGUAAGCUGUUGCACUAGAGCAGAGCACUGUUUUCCAGUGUAACACAGUGUGAAGAUACUGCAAAACUGCCUGAUAAGAAAUAAAGUUUCCUGCAGAGAAUAUCCUGCUUGUUUAUGCUGCAGGCGAGGGCGUCCUUACCCACUGAACAGUUGUGUCUGAAAUAAUACACAGAGCUUUCCAUGCACUCCAACCUGCAGAGCGUUUUAGACAGCUGUCUGUCUCUGUUCGUCUGUUAGUUAGUCUUUUACAGACACCCUGGGUGUAUUUCACACAUUGACAGGCCUCAUUGUUAUACAGAGCAACAUCUGAUCAAAUGUCUGUUUUUAUUUCACAUCUUCACCUCCAUCCAUAUUCACGCUGACUCUGUCUAUCACUGUCGCAGUCCUUGUUUACAUGCCUCUGUUAGGGUGCAGUACAUUUUGAUUAUUGAUGUAAUAAAUUUGGAUGUGUUGAUAUUCAGAAAACUCGUCUUCUUGUGAGCUCUUGUUGGGCUCCUUUUGCACAUCUCUUCUGUAAGGCGGAGACGUCAUAUAUCCAACACCACUACUUAACAGAAAGUAAAAAUACUUUGUCACAUAGUUGAACAUGACAUUCAACCAAAAGCUGUUGUAAAUAUUUCUCCAUUGUUAAAUGUCGAAGAGCAUCUCGGCAACAGGUGUGAAGGAGGCCAGGAUGGUGGUUGUGACAUGGCUUUUUUCCAUCCAGUGUACUUUCUCUAUAUAAUUUCUGAUGGUUCGAUGGUGCUGUGUCAUCCCCUGUAUGUUUUCUUGAGCUGACCAGCUCUCAUCAGAUUAUUGAAUUAAUGCAGUCUCUUAGGUUUCAUAUAUCCAGACAUAUUUUGGUGCCUGUAAACACAUCAGCCAAAACUUGUCAGUGUGCAGGAGCUCCUUUAUACUCUCCUGCUGACAGGCAUAAAUCUUUUAAGUAGUUUGAUGUAAUGCAUUUCAAAUUGUACCACAGAAAAUGAACAUUUGGCUUCUCCUUAUCCUUUUCCUCUCCCUGUUUCAGUUAUUACCUCGUUGACCUGAUGAAUGUUGAGGUUAAAAGGUUAAUGUUCAGAGUAAACAAAUGAUGGUUAUUAACAGUGUUUCUAAUCCUUCAGGUGAAUAUCUACCGUCUUGUGACAAAGGGCUCAGUGGAGGAGGACAUCAUCGAGAGAGCAAAGAAGAAGAUGGUGCUGGACCACCUCGUUAUUCAGAGGAUGGACACUACAGGAAAAACUGUCCUGCACACUGGUGCUGCCCCCUCCAGGCAAGAAAUAAGAAACACGUUCAGCCGUUUUCUGCUGAUUCUCUCCUUUCUGCCUUCCUUUUUCAGCCAAACUUUUUUAUGUUUGUUGAUAAAUCAGUUGCUGUUAAUUUUUGAAAAGGCUUUGUAUUCCUUAUAAAGUUGUUAUUCUGUUCUUUCAAAAACAGUUCAGCGCCGUUCAACAAAGAGGAGCUGUCGGCCAUCCUGAAAUUUGGUGCUGAGGAGCUUUUCAAAGAGCAGGAGGGAGAGGAGCAGGAGCCUCAGGUACGCACUGAAACUCAGAACCUGUUGUUUUAUAUUGAUAUAGGAAAUGCUUUAGAGUUGUUUUUCAUGAUUUGCUCUGUUCUGUAGGAAAUGGACAUUGACGAGAUCCUCAAGAGAGCAGAGACGAGAGAAAACGACCCCGGACCAUCCACAGUGGGAGAGGAGCUUCUGUCUCAGUUUAAGGUAAAAAAAUAUAUAUAAAAAUAAAUCUUUACUAAUACUAACAUAUUUCUGUGUGAUUUAUAAAAAAAAAUGAGAGACCCUUAAAGCCCUACAGUGUAAAGUCAACAAACAAAGAAACAGAGUCCAUACAACUGCACUCCUGUUAUAUGACAAAACACAAAUGGAGGCAGCUGGGGCAAAAACCCUGAAGGGAGGGGCUGUGAACGGCACCAAAUUUAAAAAAACAACUAAAAAGUUAAACUUCUCUCCACCUCAAGACCCUUUCUUACUAGAAAUGAAGGAAAAUAAACCCUCCCUUUUGAACCUAACUUGCCUGAACUGAGAUAAAUACAUCAGUGGCAACCACUCAUAAACCACUGAGAAAAACUACAAAAGUAAACAACUUCAACACAAAAUGAAAGUCAGAAAAACAAUUAAAGCCUGGUGCCCAAAACCCCAACAGAGCGUGACAACUGCCUCAAACCUAGAAGGUGAGAAUAAAUUACACAAGGUUACCAGAUCAGUUACAGAGUUACCAAAACAAGAGGCGCUAAACACAAGUUUCAUAAAUAUGAACCAGAUCCCUACAGAUGCAGCAGCUGCUCCUCCUGGGGGUCCACAUCAAACAAACAUCACAUUAAAAAUGUACAUUUAAAAAAGAAACACUCAACCUGCAUUAAAAAAAUACACAGAAAUAUGCACAGAAGCAUAUCAAGACUUGUACAGUACAUUUAGCUUCAUGUACAAAUCUUGACAACACAAUAAUAACUAGAAAAUAUAGAAUUUAUGACCAUAACAUACCAGAAAAAAACCCUAAGACAAUUUCACAGUGUUAUUUGCUUUCUUAUACCCUUUGAAAAUGAUCUCUCAACACAUCUUUUUGAAGUGAUUUAUGCUCAGACAUUCCUCGGUCUCAAUGUCCAAACUGUGCCAAGGCAUUACUCCAUAUUCAGAAAAACGAACAUCUCAUUGUGACUGAUACAGAUAACUUAAACUGCAGAACCAAAGUGUUAUGUUACUGGUUCCAGCAAGAAAAGUAAUCCAAGUACUUCAUUACUCCCAUCACUGGUUGCCAUCAAGGUCAUACAUAAAGCUUUUUUGUGACCCGUGCAGGUCGCCAACUUCUCCAUGAUGGAGGAAGAGGAGAUUGACAUCGACUCUGAGCGCAGUCAGAGGAGCUGGGACGACAUCAUUCCUGAGGAGCAGAGAAGGAGGAUGGAGGAAGAGGAGCGGCAGAAGGAGCUGGAGGAAAUCUACUUGCUGCCUCGUAUGAGGAACUGUGCCAAACAGGUACACAAGCACACCUGCGCACCAGCUAUGACAGGGACUCUUGAAUCCCUUAUUUUGUAAAUGUUAUUGUUCUCAAUUAUGUCGCUGAUGAUUUUGUUCUUUGGUUUGUGUUUCAGAUAAGCUUUAACUCCGGCGGGGGUCGGCAGAGCAGGAACAGACGGUACUCCGGCUCGGACAGCGACUCGCCCUCAGACAGGAAGAGGCCAAAGAAACGAGGACGACCACGGACCAUUCCACGUGAAAACAUCAAGGGCUUCACUGACGCUGAGAUCAGAAGGUGACAUGAACAACCAUCUCAUCUGCCAAUCAUCUUCUCGUUACUUGCUCCUCUUAACAUCUCUGUGAAAAUUUACAGGUUUGUCAAGAGUUACAAAAAGUUUGGAGGACCACUGGAGAGGUAAGCUGGUUUCCAGACUUUUCUCAAAGAAGCAAAAUUGUUUCACGCAGCUCUUUAAACUUGACCUCUCCACUCAGGUUGGAUGCUAUUGCUCGUGACGCUGAGCUCGUUGAUAAGUCUGAACAUGACCUCAAACGUUUGGCCGACACGCUUCAUAAUGGCUGUGUGAGGACACUACGAGAAAACCCCUGUGGACCAGAGAAGACCUCAGGUAAACACAGAACUUAUUCCAUUAUAUAAUGUAGAGUUUAGUUUAUUUGUUCUUACUGGUAGUUUAAGGAUUUCAAUUUGAAGUGUUAUUGUGAACAGGUUUAUUCUGGGGGUGGUUGAAAUUAGAUUAUUCUCUCACUGGCCCAUACUCAUAGUUUUGCAUCUUGGGCAGUAACAGUCAAAAGUUUUUUCUCAAAGAUGAAGAACUUCGUACAUAACUGGGAUGGUUAUGAUUAAAGCUUGGGCCAAGAUGCUAAAGUCUCACUAACAAUAUAGCCACUGAAGGGAGACCUCCCAUACUCAUUUCUUCUGUCAGUCUGGGACAUCUGUGAAGAAGUUUUGAAUGAAUUGGAGCCCAAAAACCUCCAUAUUUAUCAUAAACCGACAUCCAUGAAAACCUUCAACGAUUCAGCCUCCACACUUCCAGAGCUUAUGGGUGUUAUUUUUUACACAGCGUUGUGGUCAUGAAACAAUCUGAAAUAGUUCUUGUGAAUUGCACCAGCUCCAUUGUUGGUUUGUGAACUUUUAUUCCAUUACCCUGUUUCAAUGUUCCUUCCAGCUCCUCUUCCUUACUUCUGUUCUCCAGCUCAGACGUUGUAUUUUAAAUAGCUUAAAUAGCCACAAAACAGCCUCAAAGUUAUGCCCUACCAAAAAAAACAUCUGAGCCCAUUAGGUUCCUCUUUAUACAUUAGCUGUAUUUCCAUCACAUGCUGUUGAAAUGUUCUUCCAGCUUAUGGCUCUGAGCUUCAUGAAGGUCUUUAUAGAUGAACUGCUCCUGGUUUUAGGAACAGCUGAGACCCAAAUCCAGCUCGUACUGACCUUUGUUUACAAAAGGAGCCAUCAGUGAAGCGGAGAACACAAACAGCUACGUAGUCUUCUGAAAACAUACAAACUUUCCACUUUCGACGUCAGGUUUAGGCCAAGUCUUGCAAAGCCCUUAAAAAUGGGCUUUUCAGGGAACCUAUGAAACAUGACCAGGGAUUACACCAAAAUCUCCAAAUCCAUGAACCCAUGCCAAGGUUUAGAGAGGACAUCUUUUAUUGUCAAAUUAUAUCUCAUAAGUUUGAUUUGAUCACCAGGCGGCAGGAGAGGGAAGGUAAAAGGUCCCACGUUCAGGAUCUCUGGAGUCCAGGUGAAUGCCAAGCUUGUGAUCUCCCACGAAGAAGAGCUGGCUCCACUUCACAAAGCCAUUCCUGCUGACCCCGAGGAGAGGAAGAAGUAAUACUCCUCAUCACUUCAUAUCUGUGUACUGUGACAGAAUCUGUGUGUAAGCCUGUGUGUUAAUCAUGAGUGUCUGAACAGGUAUAUGAUUCCGUGCCACUCGAAGGCAGCGCACUUUGACAUUGAGUGGGGGAAGGAGGAUGACUCCAGUCUCCUCAUUGGAAUCUAUGAAUACGGAUACGGCAGCUGGGAGAUGAUCAAGAUGGACCCUGACCUCAAUCUCACGCAUAAGGUGAGAAAAGCAAAUGUUUCUGAACUGCGUCUGCUGGUAUCCAGAGUCUUUGUUAUGAAUCUUACACAAUACGAUAGAGUCUUUAGCAGAUUUUAAAGAAGUCCUCAAAUGUCUUUAAUUUGGCUUUUAGACUUAUGAUCCUAAAAUUUCUUGAAAUCCUGGAAUUGUGAAAGAAGAGACAAUCUCUCUGCAUAAACAAAGCAUUUAGUCCCGCUGCCUGCAGUGUGUGAAAGCCAUUUGGGUUUACUCAUAAACUGCAAUGACAUCAAACUCAAAAUCUAGACGUCACUUCUCUUGGUGUUUUUUUUAUCCCUUUGAAACACUCUAUAGUUAAAACAGAGCUCCUGCAGCUAUGAUGGCAAAUUAUAACACUGCUGCACUUUUUAACGGUACAUUUCACUUUAAAUGGACCAGAAAACUGAACAAUAAAAGGUUGAGCUGUUUGUUGGAGAUGAUGACCGUCUUAAACUGCUUCAUUGAGAGACUCAGUGGGUUUUAAAAUUCAAUGCCAUUGCUCAUUCAGGUCCUCAUGAAGAGAUAGACUAAAGCCUUUCCAAUGAAUAAAUAAAGAAAUACAAAUACAUAUAUAAAAACAGAUUAAUACAUUUUAUUUCUCUUUUUUAUUCCCAUUAAUCAUUUAGACAUUGCUUUCUGUUGUAUUUAGUAUGACGUGAUUAUUACCUUUCAAAUCUUUACGACAUUGUUGUUUAUACUGACAGUUUACAUGAUGUUUAGUUUCUAUCUUGUAAUUGCUUUGUAAACAUGUGGUCUGCAUGCCAUAGUAAUUCUCAGUCAUUGGGCCACGUGAUGAUAUAAACACUCAAAUACUGUGUCUGUUGAACUUACCACGCCCUGAUUAAGACUGCGCUGAGCGAUUAAAGGCUUUUUAACCUCAUCUUUGACUCAAGCAAGUGGGCCUGAAGACAACCCUGGGGGCUUCCAUCCUUUUGUUUGGACUAGAAAACUCUUUGAAAUACAGAAAAAUAUUAUUUUAAACCUGCAAUUAAAAAGGUGAUUAACUGGGAUUCUGACAAAAUGUUUCACAGCUUUAUUCAAAGGUUAUUACUUCCCUCAGGAAAUGUGCAGAGACCCCAUUGUGUAUGUUUUCAUUGACUCAAAUAAAGUACAUAAUGUUUGCUGAGGUUGAUUUAAUUUUGAGGUGACAAAGUGAUUCAAGAUAGUCCAAAAAAUAAAUCCAAAAUAAGCAAAAAUAUCUAAUCUAAGUGCUGACAGACAGUUUCUAAAGUCCCUGCUUGGUCAGUAAUGAUUUAUCUGUCUGCUGUUGAUCAGCUCCUACCAGAUGACCCCGACAAGAAGCCUCAGGCCAAACAGCUGCAGACGCGAGCAGACUACCUCAUCAAGCUGCUGAGCAAAGACCUGGCCAAGCGAGAAGCACAGAAACAAGCUGGAACGGUAAAUCUCAGUCACUCAAAUCCUGUAUGUUCCCCGUCUGUCUAAGGAAGGUUUCACAUGCAUGUCUAACACCGUCACUGUCCAUGUUUUCAGGCUAAUUCACGGAAGAGGAAACCAAGAAGUAAAAAGAGCAAAACGCUGAAGCCAGUGAAGUCCGAUGAGGUGAUGAAGAGCACAUCCUCAGAGCCCUCGCCAGACAAGAGAUCCGACGACGAGGAUGAAGUAGAGGAAGAAAAGGUACGUUCACAAACCACCAGGACUGUUUUUUUCUGCUGUCACAUCAGUGUUUUCUGUCGUCAUGACUCUGAUGUUGUACUUUUAACUUUUCAGGCUGUGGUUCCUGUAAAGCCGCUGAACAGGCGGGGCCGAGCUGACAGGGUGGUAGUCAAGGAGGAGGAAGACGAGGAGGAUGAGGACGAAGACAACGACGAUGAUGAUGACGAGGAGCCUGAGGAGGAGGAGCAUUCAUCAUCCGGGGAGAGGGAGGUCAAAGGAAAGGAGAUCAAAAAAGAGGUCAAAAAGGAGAAGAAGGAGGAGACUUGGGACACUAAGGAGAAGGAGCCAAAAGAGAGGAAAGACAUGAAACCUCUGGAGGCGACACACAAACAAGAGGAGAGCACAGAGAAGGUAAAAUAACGACUCCACAUCAGAUAUACGUUUAAUCACACGUUUACAGAGAAUGCUGCAAAAGUCUGAGUUUAAAUGAAAACAAGAAGAUUUCACUUCAUUCUUGAUGGUUUUCCAGCAGAAUGAGAUAAAGACUGAGGUACGAGAGCGGACAAAGAAAGCCUCUGAUGUCCCGGUUCAUAUAACGGCCAGUGGAGAGAACAUCCCAAUAUCUGAGGAGUCUGAAGAACUGGACCAGAAGACCUUUAGUGUGGUAUGUUUGCUACAGACAGAUCCGGUAUUUACUAAGUUCAAUGACAUGAAAGUGUUCUGGACAGAGAUCAGAACCCGGGUCAUUUAAAAAGUAAAUCAGCACAAUUUAACCAGAUCAGAAUCGAUGUGGGUGCUUUUUGCUCGUCACAAUGAGCUGGUAUUCCUGCUUUUUUUCUAAUGCUAUAUUUGUUCGGGUUUUCAGUGUAAAGAGAGGAUGAGACCGGUGAAAGCAGCUCUGAAGCAGCUGGACAGACCGGAGAAAGGGCUGUCUGAGCGGGAGCAGCUGGAACACACCAGGCAGUGCCUCAUAAAGAUCGGAGACCACAUCACCGAGUGUCUGAAGGAGUACUCGAACCCCGACCUCAUCAAACAGUGGAGAAAGUUAGUACACACUCUGUCACAUUUCUAUGAUUAAGACGAGCUCCAAAGUGGAUCAUCUCUCAAUGAUGUUUAGAUCCAAAGAAAUAUUUACUGUAAACUCAUGAAACUGUUCUGUCGACAUUACUUACAACCAUUUAGUUCCAACCAAAGUUUACCUUUAUCUCCAGAACAAAGAACAAGACCCCCUCAACAGGAAAAAAAAAGGCUUUGGAUUGGUGUUACAGCGCUAUAUUCUUCAUGCUUGUGAUAUAAAUGUAGCAGACACAGAGCUGCUCCAGCCCUCAGCUUAUCAGUAUCAUGCACUGCUCACACUAAGGUCUGAACGGUCUGAUAUGUUAUCGGGCACAUUGAAAUAAAAAUAAGACUGCUUCUGGACGGCCACACAGCGAGCAUGCAUGUUGUGCAGUCAGCUUUGGAAAGGUCAUAACCCCCUCACUCUAACCAAACCAGACCACAUGGGAGAAAUUAUUAUCACAGUGGAGAUUAAUUUUUUUAAGACCUGAUGAACGCGAUCAGUCUUUUUGAUUUAGUAUUUUUACAAGAAUGCAUUUACAGGUUGGUCCAUUUUUGAAGACGAGGGGCGAGUUUAGUGUUAAGCUUUAGUUUUGUUUUUUAACUUUGUGAAUAAAUAAAUAAAUCAUCUCAAUUUAAUAACUGAAAAAACAUUGAAACUGGCGCUUUAAAUAAGCUUCUUCUGACUCACUUUGCGCCUUGAAGAGUUUUGAAAAAAAAGUUUUCAAAAAAUCUUAAUAAAUGUUUGAUUACUUGCAACAUCUGUACUUAAAAAACUGACUAAUAAAAUCUGGUUUCACCGAACAGUUCCUCAACAUUUUAUAAAAAUGGAUUUAACUAAAAAUGUGACCAAAUUUUACUCUUGUAUUUUAGUUCUUAAACAACAUAUUUCAAUACCUUUCUCCUCUUAUGUUGUCCUUAAAAAAACAGCAGUCCUGAUUUUUGUUUAGGUUAAAAGGAGAAAAUCUGACAGUUACACUUUAUUUGAAAAUAUUGAUUGAAUCGAGAGAGAAUUAGAAUUUAAAAACAGCAAAUCAAUCAAACAAGAUACAUUUCUAACAAAGGUGCAGCUCGUGUUCCUGGUCUUGAGUUUGUGUUUUUGUGUUCACCAUGACUGAUGACUCUUACAAACUGUACUCGGGCAUAAUAAUCUUCCAGUCAUCACUAGAAACUGAACCUGAGUCACUUUGUCACGUUGAAUCUGGUUUGUUUUUGUUGAUUUUGUCAAUCUGAUGUGUUUCUUGCAGAAAUCUGUGGAUUUUUGUCUCUAAAUUCACUGAGUUUGACGCCAGGAAACUUCACAAACUGUACAAACAUGCGAUCAAGAAGAGACAAGAGAACGCAGCGGCCAUGGAGCAGAACGCCAGAAAUCUGAAUACGCACGGUUAUAAACACACAGGUACGCUUAGUGUCCACCUGAAGAACGUAAAGAUUGAACACGAGGAAGUGCUCUCUGUCUAAACUCUCUUUUCCUCCUCAGACAUCGAGAGGCUGAAGGACAACUCCCACCAGGACGAGAGCAGCAGAGACAGCUGCAGCUCAGACCGACACCAGCCGUCAAGUCGAUACCACGAGAGCAGCAGCAGCAAAGAGAGACACUCAUCAGAGUCUCACAGAAAGACAUCAGGAGGAGGAGGCGGAGACUCGAGGAAGAGGCCUUACCCCUCCUUCAGUAACGGGAAAGAGCACCGAGAUAGAGACCACUACAGACCGGACAGCCGGGACAGGGACAGAGACAGAGACCGGGACAGAGACCGAGACCGAGACAGAGACAGAGACAGAGACAGACAGGACAGGUGAGGAACUAUCUCGUGUGAUAAGUCUCAACUAUUUCUAUUCUUGAUGACCACCUGCUGUUUUUAUCCAGCAUGCAGGAGCAGGAGGACUUCUAGAUCUAGCUGUGAAUGAAUCCACAUGCAUUCCUUCAGCUGCUCGACUCACACCUACCCACUCACACCAUUUCAGACGCAAUAAAAAUCUUGAACUUGGUAUUAAUGGGCUUCUUUGAAAAGAUAUCUGUGGAUUUCAGUUGAUUUUAUGGGCGUAAAAAAACUCCUCAAACAAGCUUUUAGGGGGCAUUUCUGGUGAUGUGUUUAUGGAACUUAUUUGAAUUUCUAAAACCAAAUUAGACGCACCAUGACAUCAGGUCCAAUGGUAAAAAGUCAAAUAAUAAUAAUACAUUUUAUUUGUAUAGCGCUUUUUACACAAGUUCAAAGACACUUUACAGAAAGUUAAAAAACAUAAAAAUACAAUGAGGCAAAGAUCAAAAGUAACAAGCUAAAAAUAAGAUAAAAUCGAAUAAAAAGAAUAAAAGUGGGAGGAGCAGAUGUGAGGGGUGGGAUAAUGGUGAGUCAGGGGGGGUCAGGUAAUAAAAGCGAGUGUGAAAAGGUGGGUUUUGAGGGCAGGUCGUGGAGGGACAUCAACAUUUAAAGGUCCAAAGACUCAUUUCACAUCACUGUUUAUCUCUUAAAAAUCUUGUCAAAUCAGGAUGGGUGUAUUUUUCUUGAACUAAAAUGUUUUUUUGUUUUUUUUAUAUUUCUUUAAUGUGAUAAUUCACUGUCCUAUAAAAUAAAAGUCUGUAGUAAUGGAGUAAUCCGUAGACGUCAGGGACCAUAACAGUUGAGAGCACGGUCAUUCACAAGCAUGAAAUAACUUUGUUGUUCUGUCAUAGCAGCUCAUCUGUCACUGGAAAAGUCCUGGAAGUGGUCUCCAGAACACAGACCUUUUGAAGGUGUUUUGUGUUUAGUCUGUCUUUGUCUCACCUUGUUUGUUAUUUCUCUUCACUCAGAUACUUCAACGACAGUAAGCACAGGAAGCUGGAGGAUUUCCGCUCAAGCAGAGACCACCGGCCGGACAUGAAGGAUCAUUCCCACUCAGACCACCGCUCCUCCUACAGAUACCACUCAGAGUGGCAGAGCGAGCAGCGAGCCUCGGCCAGCGGGCCGCGCUCCCCCCGAGACCAGCGCUCCCCUUACGACUCCCGCUCACCGUUGGGUCACCGCUCGCCCUUCGACUACUCGUCGGACCACAAGAGCACACCAGAGCAGAUCUGGAGCAGCCGCAAGACAUAACAGGAGCUGCGAGGUCUGCGUGUAGCAGCCAUAGACUCACACACAGCGAGAUGCCUUACAGGGACUGAACCUGCAGCUGUUUGAAGCAGCCGUCACGUCACGUGGGCGCGGCUCCUCCUCUGCAGCUGCGCUUCACCUUGGGAACCUGCAGGACGAGCGCCGGGGAGCGGCUCCACCAGGCAGCAGAUUAAGAAUCAUAUUUUUCUAUUUAAGAGUUUAAAGCUGCGGUGUGCGGCGGCACGCGGCUCGAUUUUUGUUAUUUUUGUAAACUUUUUUUUAAACUCUGGACACAGUCGACCCUGAGUGCUGCCUCAUAUUCCCGUCAACCCCUCGACACUGGAUCCUGUUUGACUGUUUCUCUAUGUUGGUCUGUCUGUCUGUCUGUCCGUCUGUCUCUCUCAUGCUACUUUAUUUAAGUGUUAACUCAACGAGACGUCACAAGAAUCACAGAACAGGUCGAUGUAAAGGUGAAGCCACCUGAAGUACCUCAUUUACAGCAUUUCUCAUUUCCUCGGCAGGUUUUCUGUUUCCACCUGGUGUGAAUUAUUUAAUAACAUAUCUUUAGAUGUAAAAAAAUAACCUGGAUUUUUUUAGAGCGACUUGUAUCUUGUUUUUUUUUUCCUCCAAUAAUGCUGUUGUAAAUUUUUGUAAAAUAGUAAAUCAGUGGUCUUUUUUCCUCAGGCUUUUGGGAUUUAUUAUGACUCUACUUUUCCCCAUCGACUCAGGCUUUUUCGUCGUUCUCCGAGUGAGUUUCUGUACUAUAGAUCUUUCGUUAAAUGCUUUCAGAAUGUAAUUUUGGUAAAGGGAAAGUUCUUACUCAGUUUUUCUCACUAGUGCUUAGUUCUUUUGUCUCCAUGUUGGAAUCAAUGAGAGGAGAGAAGCUAACUUUUUGAAUCACCGUCUUUUCUUUAAUAGAAGCACCUGUUAGAUGGAAAACAGCUCUAGACUUUUUCUUUCUUCCUGAUCUUUUCUUUAUUUUCUACGUAGGCAAUAAUAAUGUCAAUGUUUCUAUGCAGCCAAGUAUAUUUGUGGUGAACCAACCCAACUGAAUGAAGUCACUGUUACGGUUCACACUGUUGUACAUAAAUUUCCUCUAUAUUUGAAAAUGAAUUUACACUGAAAGUGCAUGAAUUUUUAUGAACUGUUUUAUAUAGUUGUUUAUGAAGCCAUUAAAAUCAAUCACUGUACUCACUCGUACCAACUCUCCUA